UCAUCGCCUGCGAAGGAACUGGAGCAAAGCGCAGCCGCUUGGAAUGUCCCUUUGGAGAGGUUUUGCGCUCUCCUCCCCCCUGUGGUUGAUCCGGGAUCCCGCGGAGUGGUGAGUGGCUGCAGAAGCUUCCUCCUCGGCCCACACCUCCCUGACCCCUCCCCUGCCACCGAGCCCUUAUACAGCACCCUCAACGGGAGCAGGCAGCUCCUAGCGCGGUUCCUCUGACCCGGAGAGAAUCCCUUCCUGCUCACCUGCCUGCUGGGACUGCAAAACGCACCAUCACCAAGGAUGAAGGCUUCCUUUGCCGCGCUGCUGGCAGCUCUGCUCUGCGUGGAGAGAGUGGCUUCGCUGACCUGCUUCCAUUGUGAAAACGAGGAAUCCAACUGGAGCUGCAUGAAGCCAAAGGGCUGCGACUCCGCAGACAAGUACUGCGUCACGAAGUUUUUCGGUGGAGGCGUCGGUGACAACAAGAAGCAGUCCAUUAGCAAAUACUGCUCUCCCAUGUGCCCCCAAGGAGGGGUCGACAUCGGCAUCAUGGCCUUCUCCCUCAAAUGCUGCGAAUCAGACUUGUGCAACGUAAGCGGGGCUGCCGGCGUGAAAAGCAGCUCCCUGAUCCUGGCUGCGGGCACCUUGGCCAGUCUGCUGUACAUCUUCGGAGCCAAGUUAUAGAUGCAGAAGGCGGGGAAGACUUCUGUAUGUGCCGAGGACACCUUCCCUCCAGGGAGAAACCCAACCUUUUCCCCACGUGCAAAACGUUCUUUACAAUGCAUGCCUGUUAACUUUAUUCUCUGCCCAGAGCCGUCUCUUCCCAUUGUCAGUGGUUCGCUGCACCAGGGCGCCGGCCUCUUGGGGGGGCGCCCUAGCGAGUGGGGGAGCUGCAUGGCUUUGCCGGCAGCCUCCCCCUUCCCUGCAUGCCCGCCAGCUGCGCCCCGCCAACUAUACGGCUUGGCGGGCGUGCAGCUUCCUUCCCAAGCCUCCGCAGGAGGAGAGCGAUCCCCGCAGAGGCUUAGGAAGGAAGCUGCGCGCAGCUUCCCUCCCAAGCCUCUGCAUCUGCUAAAGACGGCCCUGCUCCCGGUCGUUGUCGUCGUCCUACUUCCUGGUGAAAGGCGGCGUGCAGCCUUCCUGGGCGCCCCGACGCUGAGAUCAUGUCUGCCAGCACGUUUUCCUGGUUGAUCGCCGCCACCACGCCGGGGAAGGCAGAGGACAUUUUCCACCGCACCCUCCCCUGCUCUGGAGUUGCGGGGGGGGGGGGACCAGAGGGAUCUUUGCACCACCGUGCCGGAUAUGCUUAAGACGGCCCUGCCUCUGCCACUGGUCCUUUCGAUCUCUGGGGAUGCCCUGUCUCUGUCCACACCAGCUUGGAGCACUUUCUGAGCCAAGGAGCAUUCUACAGCCCAUGCACAGGGCAGGGUUUACUCAUGAGUAAGCCCCCUCUGGUCUCUUCAAGCUGGAAAGGUGAGCUGCAGCUCGAUGAGGAACAUGUGUGGGUAGGUGGGUGCUUCCUCCUCACGAGUAGACCCACUUGCGGGAAAAGGCAAUCCAGCCUCUCGCUAGAAACCGGGGCAGCGAGUAAAGCAGCUUGUGGGCUUUACCUGCAGGUUGGUUUACUCCAGAGCAAACACCCAUUGAAUGCCAAGCUUGCAAGUAUGAUACCCCGUGUAAUUAUUAAUCUGUAUUUUUACUGUUGGAAACAGUUAGCGAAAAGUGGUCUAAAAAUCUAAUAAAUACGUUAACAUACACACAUAGAUGGCAGGAACAUUGUAUGUCUUUUUUUGGGGGGGGUGUUGGGGGAAGUGCAAGAAAACCUUUUCGCUGGAACAUAUGCUGAGAAAAAUUGCUAAUAUGGACAACACACAGACUCCAGGAAGGAUUUUUUGGGGUUGGCUUGGGAAGGGUAAAUAUUUUCCCUGAAGAGUUCUGCCCUCUUGAGGUUCUGUUUAUAUAUGCACAGCUUGGUGGGAAAUAAAUUGUGAAAUAAAUAAAUGAAAAUCCCUCUUGGACCAAAUGUAGGCAGCCAACCUUAAAUAAAAAAAAAAUCAAAGCAUCUCUAAUUCCCAGAUUUCUUUUCUUUUCCUUUUUU